AACGGUCAUCUCCAUCUCCACCCCAGAUCUGAAUUUCUUCGAUCGUUGUGAAUCGAGAUCGGAAAGGGCGGAAAAGCGAGGCGACCUAUGGGCAGCAGCCGCGAGAUGAAGCACCUGGUAGAGGUGGAGAAGGGGCAGGAGGCCGUCGACGGCCGGCCCUCCGUCGGACCAGUUUACCGCAGCGCCUUUGCUAAGGACGGCUUCCCUCCGCCCGUCCCUGGUAUAGACUCCUGCUGGGACAUCUUCCGUUUGUCUGCUGAGAAAUUUCCUGGGAGGAACAUGCUUGGCCGUCGAGAAGUCGUGGAUGGAAAGGCCGGUAAAUAUGUCUGGAUGACUUAUAAGGAAGUGUACGACACUGUGAUUAAACUCGGGGCUUCCCUAAGGAGUUGCGGGAUCGAGCAGGGUGGUCGUUGUGGUAUCUAUGGUGCUAACUGCACUGAGUGGGUUAUUAGUAUGGAGGUAAAUUUGCUGCACAAUUUAAGCAAGUCAUGUGGAGCAAUCGAUUGGGUUUAG